AGGAUACCAUGUUGUUGUCCGUUAUCAGUUCAGCUUCACACCCCGUUCAGCUAAUCAGCAACUACAACGACAAUGAAUGCAAUGCAAAUCAGUUUCCUGGUGAUCGCUGUCAUGGCCGUCGGAGCCUUUGCCGUGCCGUUUGAUUUCUUCCAGGUGUCCGGAUUUGAUGAGUCAAACAACCAGCAGAAUUUCGAAGAUGCUCCAAGCAGCGUUGACCAGUCGCGGGAUGCCCCAGUUGAACCGGAACGCGAUAUCCGCAUUGAAUUUGAACCGGACCAACAGGAGGAAGUUCGGCGGGGAGCUGCUAUCGAAGAAGUGCUGAACCGAGACGAUGCCGCCCAAAACUCGGCCCAUGAGGAUUCCAGCUCGUCGGCGGUGAUGUCCAUCAGUCAGCGGAGAAUUGCUGUGGACUCAGUUCAUUAGGGAUGAGAGAUAAGCUUUUUUUUUUUUUAAUUUUGGAUCUUGUAGUCGAUGCUUUAGACAGGUGAGAAUAAACAAUAUUGUUUGGCCCAAA